GGUUACUACUGCCUGAAUACAUGCAGACAUUAGACGACAACGGGCUGUCUGAUGUAAAGACUGACUGAGGCGAGAGUCCGGCUUUGAAGCGCGCACACAUCAGCACCAUGGACAGCGCACGGCGCCGCAGUGGCACUGCGUGGAUUCAACCGGUGGCUUUCACCCAGAGCUGCAGAGUGGGGCUAUUAUCUGAGUAAAUUUACACUAAGCUCUUUCUUUGACACACGUGGGGGAAGCUUUCUGGAUCACUUGGACUACAGGUUUUUUUUUUUUUUUUUUUUUAAUUCUUCUUUUCAACACAGUAGAUCUCCGUCGGUUCGGUCGUUUAGGUAGGCGUGCCUCUGGAUAAGUGCUUGACUCCAGAAACCGCGUUGAGCAGCGUAGUAUAGGUAACUGUCAGAGUGGUGUGGUGGUGCAUACGAGACCCUCCAUUUAUAAGGAUGCUGGUGGGAAAUGCCUGGAGACAGAGAUGACGAGAUUUGUCAAAAGGCACUUGAACUCCUGUCAGAUCUUUGUUCGAAGGGGGAAGUGCAGAACGAAAACUGCCUGGAUUUUAUCUACUAUUUCCGAGAUCUUGCCAGGCCACGGUACACGGAUUCAGACAUAUCGGUGAGUCUGCUGUCUCUGGUAGUAACAGCAUGUGGCUUGGCCCUGUUUGGGGUCUCCCUCUUUGUCUCCUGGAAACUCUGCUGGAUACCAUGGAGGGAGCGUGGGCUGUCCCCCACUAUAAAGGAGGCUCAUGGACACCUCAACCCCACCAUGAGCCCCCUACCCUCGCAGCCUGCACCCAGGCAGCCAGUUUACACAGCGGUGGACCCCCCUGUACACAACCGCCGUGAAUCAUCCCACUGCUCAAUUGCCAGAGAGCCCACUCCUGUGGCGUCUGUUGUGUCAGUGGAGGCUCCUAUAACUCCUGUUUCACCUCCACCUGUGGUCAAGGCCACACCAGAGGCAGCUAUGAAGAUCAGUCACACAUCUCCAGACAUUCCACUGGACGCCCAGAGCAAAAGCCGAGAGAAUGGGGUUCACACCAACCCUCGUAUGCAGAGGCAGACCACUGAACCCUCAUCAAAUGGUCAUUCCAUGUCUGAAAUUGGACAAGGGUCCAUUCGUAGACAUAUGAACCUGUCUAACCCAGACUUCAAUGUGGCCCAGUUCCAAAGGCAGGAUUCCCUCACUGGAAUGGGACUGGGACUCGGUCGCCUCAAACCUGAACUCUACAAACAACGCUCACUUGAGGGAGACGAAGGCAGUCGAAGGGGUGGGGGCUGUGGUCGCCUUCAUUUUAUCCUCAAAUUUGACUGUGACCUAGAACAAUUAAUAGUAAAGAUCCACAAAGCUGAGGACCUCCCAGCCAAGGACUUCUCUGGUACCUCUGACCCUUAUGUUAAGAUCUACCUGCUGCCUGAUCGCAUGACCAAGCACCAAACCAAGGUGCACCGCAAGACGCUGAAUCCUGUGUUUGAUGAGGUCUUCCUGUUUCCUGUGGCAUACUCUGAGCUUCCCACUCGAAAGCUGCACUUCAGUGUCUAUGACUUCGACCGCUUUUCACGCCAUGACAUAAUUGGCCAAGUGGUUGUAGACAACUUCCUCGAUCUGGCAGAUUUCCCCAGAGAGACAAAACUCUGCCGGGAUAUCCAGUAUGUCUCCUCGGAUAAUGUGGAUCUCGGGGAUCUGAUGUUUUCCCUCUGUUACCUUCCUACCGCGGGUAGAUUGACCAUUACAAUGAUAAAGGCGCGCAAUCUCAAGGCCAUGGAUAUCACUGGAGCAUCUGAUCCGUAUGUGAAGGUUUCUCUAAUGUGCGAUGGUCGGAGAUUGAAGAAGAGGAAGACAUCGACGAAAAGGAAUACUUUGAAUCCCAUCUAUAAUGAGGCCAUUGUGUUUGAUGUCCCUCCAGAAAACAUCGAACAGAUCAGCCUCCUGAUUGCAGUGAUGGACUAUGACCGUGUAGGCCAUAAUGAGGUCAUUGGAGUGUGUCGAGUCGGCAACGAUGCAGACAACCUUGGUCGAAACCACUGGAGUGAAAUGCUCACAUAUCCUCGAAAACCUGUCGCCCACUGGCAUCCCCUUGUUGAGUACCAGGGAACCACAGGUAGCAGCCAGGGAGGAUCCUGCAAUUCCCUGAAGACGCCGCCUUCUCCCUAGCCUUGAGCAUCAAUUUGCAAAAGGUCACCAAUCAACCUGAAGCCUCGGCUGUACCUUUGGACAGUGGUGCUGCCGAGCACUGCUGACUUAUGAUUCUAAAAGAAGAACGCAGACAUCCACACAAGCUACGACGGAGAAAAAAAAAAAAAAGAAACUGUCUCUGCUCAGUUGGAUCAGUUGCAUGUUGAAUGGCCGCAAAGAUGGAUGUUUUCUUUUCUAACAAUGUUUCUUUAAGAAAAACGACAGGCAUAUGCAGACAUUUUAAGUCUUUGCUAUUCCUGGGUUUAUACAGUUUUUGUUUUUUACAUAGUCUUGUUAAUUGUUUUAAAGAGGUGAGUCUGUAUUAACACGAUGUACUUAGAACCAGUUGAACUGCCAUACUGUUUUUAAUUUGGUAGUGAAUUGGUGCAUGAGGUCAUGGUUUGGAUAUCUUCUUGUUCGUUUGUUUGUGUUUUUUUGUUUUUUUUAUAUUUUAUUUUUUCUGGGAAUAAGAUGUGUUGUUUUGUCGGUUGAUAUGCAGUGAAUUUCUAGACAAAGUACCUGUAAGGAAAUAUGUUAAAUGUUAGAAAUAAAUAUUAUUCCAUUAAAAAAAACAAACAAAAAAAAAACAACCACUGUUGGUCUUUGCCAAUUUAGUUUUUGUGUGCAAUGUAAUUGUGCGAUACAGUUAUUUUUCUGUACUUUUUUUGGUAAACUU